AUGAGAGCUCUUCCAGCAGGAUCAAUCACUACUUGGGAUGAGUACAAGAGAGCUUUCUUGAAGAAUUUCUACCCAAAAGAGAGAUUAAAAUGGAUGAGAAGAAGAAUCUCAGAAUUUCGACAUGAGGCACAUGAAUCAUUCUUUGAGGCUGUUUCACGGUUCAAGGAGUACAAGAGAGAGUGCCCUCACCAUGGUUUUACAGAGAUUGCUUUGCUAAACUUCUUCUAUCAAGGAGUUGAUGAGAAAUUCAAGAUGGCGCUCAACACCGCAAGUCAAGGGGACUUCAUGACUAAUACUAUUUCUCAAGCCAACAUUCUCAUUGAUAACUUGGCAGAAAGCAGCAAAAGUUCAUACCAAGACUAUGUGCAAGGCGUGGAGGAGAUCAAACCAAAAUCUGACUUUUCAGAAAUCUUUGAGCUAAAGUCAUUGGUUGCUCAACUUCUCAAGAGCCAACAAGGCAAUGGUGACCUAUGUGAGAACGUGGUGGCUUCUAGCAGUAAGUAUAAUAAAGAUCUUAUUGGUGAAAGUUCUUCUAAGCAUCAAGAAGGAGUGAAUUAUGUUGGUGAGUUUGGAAACAUCAAUGAAAACCGAAAUCACAACGGUUUUAACCAUGGAAACCCUCAGCCAAGCAUUGAAGAUCCUCUUCUAGACCAAGAUCACGUGGUCAUGACACCUAAAGAGAGAAACCUUGAAGAUAUGAUGCAUCAGUUCAUGGAGAAUCAAGAGAAAUUCAUUGAAGGAAUGAAGCAAUGCGCCAAAGAUAACAAAAACCAUUGGUUUCAAGAUGGAUAG